AUGGCGGGUCCAGUUAUGGACACUGCUUGUAUUACAUAUGAAGGGGUUGCUUUCGAACAAGAUACAUUCCCAAGAACUAAAGAGCCGAUAUGGGUCCUUGGAAAGGAGUACUUUACCAACAAAGGAGAAGAUUCAUUCCACAUUCUUAGGGACAUAAGGUCUAGAAUUUGGUGUACAUAUAGGAAGAAUUUCCCAGCAAUUGGAGGUACAGGACCAACUGCUGACAGUGGCUGGGGAUGUAUGCUGCGAUGUGGGCAGAUGAUUCUUGCACAAGCUUUGCUUUGCAGACAUCUUGGAAGAGACUGGCAGUGGGAGCCUGAUGUCAGUAAUGCUGUUUAUAUGCAGAUUUUACAGAAUUUUCUGGACAAGAAAGAUAGUUUAUAUUCUAUCCAUCAAAUAGCUCAAAUGGGUGUAUCUGAAGGCAAAUCUGUGGGGAGUUGGUUUGGACCAAACACUGUUGCACAAGUACUCAAAAAACUAAUGUGCUUUGAUGACUGGAGUUCGCUGUGUAUUCACAUUGCCAUGGACAACACUGUUAUAAUAAAUGAUAUCAAGUUUCUUUGCAAAAGAGAUUCAUCAACAAAGAGUCAUGGAGAAGCAACAAGCUACAGUCAUACAUCAGCUGGGGUUGGAAGGCAAAGAGGAGCAGUAGGCGGGUCAGACACAACAGAGAGUGCAAAACACAGACCACAGGGCUGGAGACCUCUGUUGUUGUUCAUACCACUUAGAUUAGGGCUUUCAGAGAUGAAUUCUGUUUACGAUGAGCCAUUCAAGGCGUGUUUCACAUUUAGGCAAUCUGUGGGUGUUAUAGGAGGAAAACCCAACCAUGCAUACUACUUUAUAGGAUAUUAUGGAAACACUUUGUUGUAUCUCGACCCCCACACGACUCAACAGGCUGUGAACCCGGGUAAAUUGAGCCAAAUCCCCGAUGAGAGUUAUCACUGUGUAUACCCAAGUAGGAUGAACAUCUCAGAUUUAGACCCAUCAAUAGCCUUGGUAAGAAAACUACUACGUACUGAACUCUCUAAAACACCGCGGCAUCAUGCAUCUAACCUUUGGCGCUUUUUUAAAAAAUGUGUAAGCGGGGAUAAAUCUUUUCAUAUCCAUUCCGGGCACAGGAGACCCAUGUUUGAGCUUGCAGCUGUCAGACCACCUCACUGGCCGUCAUUAGAUAUACACCAGAGACCUGGUGACGAGUUGAACUGCAGCCAACAGUCUGAUUUUACUGAGCUUUCUUACGAGUCCGAUGACACAAAGGAAUUUGAUACAGAUGGGGAAUAUGAAAUUCUGUAAAUCUGCGAACUUCAUUUGAGUAUGCAGUGGAACGAGGUUUCUUCUUUACAGACGGAGUACGCAAUAAAACGAGUGUCAUUUGAUAAAACGCGUUCUAUUGCUACAAAAAUAAAAUGACAACAUAUCUGAACUUACAUACGCAUCGUAACAGUUUUUGAAUUUCUUUUCUUUGUGUGACAUUUCCUUGUCAAAAACUAUGAUAGUAAAACACCCAUUAGAGAAUCAGAUAAAACAGAGUGUACUGAACAUCGAAAGGUGACCAGGUACGGAGGAGUGUCUUCUUUCAAAUAAUACCUCACAAACAGUUCCGAGGUAUCUUGAAAAAGUGAUAAUGGUAAUAAUAUAUAUCAGGACAAAAAAUUCCACUUGUAAUUGCAUAACACUGACACACACGAUUCGGUGUAGACUUUAUAACAGUCCAGUUUUUUUCUCUUUUUGUCUCAGUUAUAUUACUUAUCAAUUUAUGGCAGUUACAGCUGCCCCUGACCCUCAAAACGAUUGGGAAGGGCCCAUUUCCGACUGUUUGUUUUUAAAAUGAUACAGUUAUUAAAAAGUGUUGGGUGAAAUUUUUGGUCAUACGACAAAGGUAGAGGAAAACAAAUCAGAUUAAGAGAAAUUUAAUGUAUUUCUAUAAUUGUAAGAGUUGAACAUAUUUGAAGAUGGCGUUGUUUCCUUAUCAAAGAAUAACACACGUAUAUGGACAUGGAAAUUUAUUUUUAAUGUAUAAUUCUAAAUAAAAUUUCACGAAAUUUUUCAGUGUUA